AGUACUGGGAGAGAGAUUCUGCUUCAUGGGGGAGUGUGGCAGAUUGGGACCUCUACUUUAUCAACAAUAUGCCUGGCGCGUCACACGUUCAAUCCCAUAGAACACUGGCAAGGGAACUUAAAGCGCUUGUCAAUUACUUUGAUGAGGGCAGUUGUGAGUGGAACAAAGUAAAAGGGCUCAAAAAAGAGCUAAAGGUAUUCUUCUGCUUACCUGGAGUGGAUAGCAUGUCAUGGUCUGGACCAGAAGGUCCCACUAUGGUCUGCGUGGCUACGCUAUCAAAUUUGUUCACAGUCAUAUCCUGCGUCUUCUGCCGAUUGAUGGGUAUUCUUCUGCUUACCCAAAGUGGUAGCAUGUCACGUUUUUUCCUCUCUUCUGAACCUUUAUUGUUAAAAAAGACAAAAGGUACUAUGAAUUCAACAAUUUGGAUGAAUCAUGAAAUGAUACAAAAAACCGUCGUAGAAAGUAAAAUUAAUGAAAGCAUCAACAAGCGUAAAAUCGAAAAUAUAGCGAGGGACGUUACAAGUGCAACAGCAAAAGCGUACUACACGCAAAGUGGCUCGGAUUAUUAUGAAACCAAUUCCGAAGGUGCGCAAGAAAUGGCACAGAAAAGGUUAUGUUCAGAUAGUACCAAUAAGGCCAAAGGAAAUAAUGUGAUCAGAGAUAACACACCUCUCCAAACUUCUACUGAACCAAUUUGUUCAAAUAUCAUCGAUACUACAAAUAAGAAUUUGAUGGCAAGGUUACAAUUAGAACGUGAUUACUACGUAGAGGCUAUUUUUAAUGCCACGACAAAAUAUAUUGAUGAAUUAAUUGAGAAUAGUCAUAAUCGCAGUGAUCUGCGCAAGAAACUUCAGACUCCAUUCCUGCCACCAGAAGAAACAUAUUUGUUUGAGAAACAUUAUGAAAUUAAUUGGGCUCACCGGUUUACUAACAAAUUGCUAUCGUUUUUUGAAGCACCGCGUAACCCUCUUCUGGAUAAAAAUUCCGAAGGUUGGAUUAACUGUCACCUCUUGACCCCAUUAAUUGAUGAUUGUUUUUUAACGUGCGAAGAGAUUCAGAUUCAUCGAUGUGAAGAAAUGUCUUUAGCUUCAAUUGCACGCAAAAAUUUAUCAAGAGAAGAGUCCAACAAAAAACAACCUGGGCAUAAAAUCGACAUUAUAUUUCGUGUAGAUGAUAUGGAAUAUUUUGGAGCAGAGACAUUCGUCGAUGGAGAUUUUCAGAAUUCCGGACCAAUAAAUUACAAACAUAAACUAUUUAGAGAGAUGAAAGACCAGCUAGAUCGUUUAUUGAAGAAAUUAAAAUUCACAAAAGAAACGAUUAAACUUGUGAAACAGAUUGUUUUGCAUGGUAUAUCACAUGGCGGCUAUAAUGGGAUAGUCUAUGCUAUGUACUAUGACAUAAAUCUUAAAUAUUAUUUUGUAUUUGAGAUGUGCCAAUAUAGAAUCGGCACAACAUGGAAUAGUGUUCCGGAUAGUCUCAAUAUUCUAAAAGAUAUAUUGCAUCUAAAGAAAGGUAUAAUUCAUACUCUUGGGAUCGUUACAAGAAUUAAAAAAAAUGCCCUACAAACGAGAUCAAAAGAGUUAUUAUCAAUUGACAAUCUGCCCGAAACGACACGAUCUCCAAGAAAUCAAAAAAA